GCUUCAUUUCCGUUGCUUCCUUUGUGCUCAGCUUCUCGUGGGCGAGCAGAAGCUCCCAGGGCCACCUCUGCGAUGUCCUCCAAGGGAGGUCAGGCUCAGAAGACAAGACUCCCUAAUUUCAUAAGAAAGGGGCCGCAGGAGGUUCCACCCCCAACAGAGAAGGACUGGCAUAAGGACGAUGAGAAGGAUUACACCUUCCUUGACCCAGAUCAGGGUCUGGAUUCCCUGCCACAGCCAUACCGGAUGAUCAACAAGGUGCUGAACCUCCUGUUUGAUCAGAUAUGGGAAGUUAUUGAAGAGAGGGAAGCCGUGAGGGAAGCUGAACUCAACCGGGUCAGGCCUACUGUGUAUCCUCCGCAGGAGGAAAUCCAGCUCAACAGAAUGUCCACUUGCAUGGCUAUUUCCCAAGACUAUCUGUUCAUCGGUGGAACUAAGGGCUUCUCCAUCUACCACCUGUCCAAUGCUAAACGGAUAUACCUCUGGGAGAAACUUAAGGCUGAUGUCACUGCCAUCUGGGCUGCAGAUCUGGGGAGUGAAAUACUUAUUGCUUCAGUGGAUGAAACGGGCGUCCUUAGACUGUUUUACUUUUAUAAGGACUCUCUUUACCACAUCAAAGCCAUCAACGAAGCAGAGGAGAGCAGCAAGCAGAACACCUGCCUCCACGUGGAGAUCUCCAAAGGCGGCGACUUCAUGGCCAUCCUCCUGCAAGGGGCUGGGGAGCUUUGGCUGGAAGUGUACAGACUGCCCAAGGACAUGUGGUUCAAGGAGACGGAGUACCCACAGUCCAACCUGAAUUCAAAGAAAAAAGUCAAACCCUUGAACACGCUUGACAACGUUCCUUCAGAAAACUUGGACACAUUGCAGGAUGGGUCCAUCAACUUCCGCGGAGAUAUUAAGCUGACCUAUCCGUCCUACCUUAUGAAGAUCAAGCCGCCCAAGCCCGUGUCAGGCACCACAUUUAAAAGCCCCCUGGAAGUGUUUAGCAAAAUGGAAGACUGGUACGGGCUGGGCUCGGGGCAGAACCACUUCAUCCGGGAGAGCCAGUGGGAGCAGCACGCGGACAUCUUCUACUCCUCCUACAAGAAGUACCUGGACCCUGACCAGGAUGUGGAGGAGCCGUUCAGCUCAGCCAUGUUCCACUUCCUGCUCCCCAGCUGCAUCACGCUGAUGCCCGGAGAAGUCAAGGGCCCCCCGGGAGCAGCCUGCGUCCUCGGCGUGCACUGGACCGGCAGCCACAACUUCUUCCUCUACUCCCUGAACCGAGUGAUGAAGGACCCCGAGGGGGUGUGGCCCUGCGCGGCGCCCAUCACCGUGUCCCAGCUCAGCCCCUCCUGCUCCUACCUGGUGCUGGCCUGUGCGGAUGGUGUGCUCACGAUCUGGGACAUGUCUGAGGGAUUCCCCCUGGGGGUCGUGGCACUUCCUGAGGAAAGUCUGUGCGAAAGCAUUCACUUCCUGCGGUACUUCGUGGUCCACCAAGGGCAGAGCCUGUUCCCCGAGGGCACAGUGAAGUCAUGCAUGAAGUGCGUGGUGCUGUGCACCAACAGCUCCCUGCACCUGGUGACAGCGGACGGGGCGCAGUGCCCCAGCAGCACCGAGCUCCUGAGCAGGACUGAGGCGCACCCAGAAGAAGCAGUGUGCGCGGUGGCGCCCGUCCCAACCCUGCCUGGCAUGGUGCUGCUGUUCACCAAGAACGGCUCUGUGAACCUCAUGGACGUGGGCAAGGCCCAGGUCCUCUGUGCCUUCGUGCCCCCCGUGAGCCAUGAGCUGCCCUUCCCCUGGAAGCCCAUGUUUGCCGUGUCCUCACAACACCCGUAUUUCCUGCUCCACGGAGGCUACCCGCGCAGACACACCAAACCCACGGACGACAGCAAGGAAGUCCCCAACUCCAUCUUCUGGUUUAACUUUGAGACCUAUCCGCCCCUGCAAGACAUGUGCAAGAACAACGCCAUCUCGCAGAAGGACCUGGCCUACAGCAAGGCCAUCCCGCAGGCACAGCCUCUGGAGACGAUCUGUGAGCACCUGCUCCAGAGCAGCUUCCAGAUCCAGAAGAGCCAGGAGCAGUGGGGCCGGCUGCGGAGGUUCUCCCUGCUGCUCCACAGAGAGAACCUGAAGAAGUGAAGCGGUGACCGGCCUGGGCCUGGGCGGCCGCCCCGAGGGACAGGACCCACAGGAGACAGGAA